AUCUGGGAGAAUUUUUUUUUCUCCCCAAGCGAAGCGUGAACAGUUGUUAAGUGGAAAAUGGAGGCUGAAUUUUACAUGGCGAUCCUUACCUGCUUGAUCUUCACAAGUUCGGAGGGGUUUCAGAUUGUCCAUGUCCAGAAACAACAGUGCCUUUUCCUAAAUCAGAAAGUGAUUGUGGGCUCAUGCAAUGGGACCAGCCAGAACCAGCAGUGGCUGUGGACUGAGGACGGAAAGCUCCAGCAUAUUCAAUCUGCCCUGUGCCUGGGUGUCUCCAAUUCCUCUGGUGGUCCCAUCCGAGCAGCUAUCUUCACCCACUGCUCCUGGGCACCCCAAUGGACCUGCUAUGAGCAGGAAGGGUUCCUUGAGGUGGCAAAUACAUCAUUCUUUCUCAAGAAACAAGGCCCAAGGGUAGUGAUCAAGAAGGGCAAGAAAUACCUCCAUAGCUGGAUGAAAAUAGAUGCCAAUGAGGAAGGAAAACUGAUCAAUGAAAACCUCUGCUUAAAAAAAGCUCAUUUGGAAGCAGAAGUUUCAGUGAGGAGCGCUAGAAACACAACUCCUCCUCAGAUCUCCAUUACAUUGAAUGCAGUUCCAUACAGCCCAGAACACAUUGUUAGGAACACCACAGAGGCCUUCUUCAGGAAUACCACAGAAAACAACAGCCAGAACAGCAGCCAGAGGCAUCGCCCCAAUCUACAAAUGACUGAAGUUGCAGACACUUCAUGGGUUCCAUCGACGACUCAGCCUUGCUGCAGCACCACUAAAGAGACUGGACUGGCGGAGUUAGAGAGAUGUAACUUCACCCUGAGGGAGUCCAGGACCUCCAGCCUGUGGGCGUCUGUCCAGUGGAGAACUUUAGGGUCACCUUGUAAUUUUAGCGUCAUCUACAGCAGUGACACCUCGAGCUCCAUGUGGUGCCACGUCAGUCGGAUAGACAACACCACCUAUGGGUGUAAUCCCAAAGAUUUACAAGCUGGAACCACCUACAACUUCAGGAUUGUUUCUCUGGAUGGAGAAGAAAGAAGUGUGGUCUUGCAAACAGAUCCUUUACCUCCUGCUAGAUUUGAAGUCAAUAAAGAGAAGAUUACUUCAACCAGCUUGCAGGUUUGGUGGACUCAUUCUCCUGGAAAAGUCACCUGGUAUGAGGUGCAGUUAUUUGAUAAUAACAAAAAGAUACAAGGCGUCCAAAUUCAAGCAAGUACUUCAUGGAAUGAAUACACUUUUUUAAACCUCACUGCUGGUAAUAAUUAUAAUAUUGCCAUCACAGCUGUUUCUGGAGACAAACGCUCCUCUACAAUUUAUACCAAUGCAUCAACAGUGCCUUCUCCAGUAAAAGAUAUUGACAUUUCCACAAAAACUAAUUCACUUCUGGUUUCCUGGUCCCAUGGUUCUGGGAAGGUGGAACAAUACAGGCUGAUGUUAGCAGAUAGAGAUAUUCUAGUUCAAGACAGUAUUGUGGACAAACAGGAUACUUCUUAUACUUUCCAUGGGCUGAUACCUGGCCAUCUCUACAACCUCACUAUUGUGACCAUGGCUGCAGGACUGCAAAACCACAGAUGGAAACUAGUCAGAACAGUCCCCAUGGAAGUCUCAAAUCUGAAAGUGACAAAUGAUGGCAGUUUAACCUCUCUAAAAGUCAAGUGGCAAAGACCUCCUGGAAACAUAGAUAUCUACAAUAUUACCCUGUCUCACCAAGGAACCAUCAAAGAAUCCAAAAUAUUAGCACCUCAGGUUACUGAAACUCACUUCAAAGACUUAACCCCUGGACGACUUUAUCAAGUUAUCAUCAACUGUAUCUCUGGUGAACUAUCAGCUCAGAAGAUGGCAGUAGGCAGAACAGUUCCAGACAAAGUUGGGAACCUUGAGGCAAAAAACAAUGAUCGAAUGAGUUCCCUCUUAGUGAGCUGGUCUCCCCCUGCUGGAGACUGGGAGCAGUACCGCGUCGUGCUCCUCAAUGACUCUUCAAUAUUGCUGAACUCCACCGUGGGAAAGGAGAAAACUCGUUACGUCGUAGGUGGUGAGGGUCUCGUACCAGGAAGACAGUAUGAGGUAGAGGUCACAGUUGUGAGUGGAAAUCUAAAGAAUUCUGAGCGUUGCCGAGGCAGAACAGUUCCCCUGGCGGUCCUCCAGCUUCGGGUCAAACAUGCCAAUGAAAGCUCACUGGGCAUCAUGUGGCAGACACCUGUAUCGGAGUGGGAGAAGUACAUCAUUUCCCUAGCUGACAGAGACCUCUUACUCAUCCACAAGUCACUCUCCAAAGACACCAAAGAAUUCAUUUUCACUGAUCUGGUGCCUGGACGAAAGUACACAGCCACAGUCACCAGCAUCAGUGGAGACUUGAAAAAUUCCUCUUCAGUAAAAGGAAGAACAGUGCCUGCCCAAGUGACUGACUUGCAUGUGGCCAACCAAGGGAUGACAAGUAGUCUGUUUGCUAACUGGACAGAGGCACUGGGAGACACAGAAUUCUACCAACUCUUACUGAUCCAUGAAAAUGUGGUUAUCAAAAAUGAAAGUGUCACCAGUGAGACUCAUAGAUACAGCUUCCAUUCUCUGAAAUCGGGCAGCCUCUACUCUGUGGUGGUAACAACAGUGAGUGGAGGGAUCUCAUCCCGACAAGUGGUGGUGGAAGGAAGAACAGUCCCUUCCAGUGUGACUGGAGUGACGGUGAACAAUUUAGGCCGAAAUGACUACCUCAGCGUAUCGUGGCUGCCAGCAGCUGGUGAUGUGGAUAGCUAUGUGGUGACACUCUCUCACUAUGGCAAGGUGGUUCAGUCCCUCAUCAUUGCUAAAUCUGUCAGUGAAUGUUCCUUCAGUUCCCUCACCCCAGGCCGCCUCUACAACAUGACCAUAACUACCAGGAGUGGCAAGUAUGAGAAUCAUUCUUUUGGCCAAGAGCGGACAGUGCCUGAGAAGGUCCAAGGAGUCAGUGUUAGCAACUCUGCCAGGAGUGACUAUUUGAAGGUGUCCUGGGCACACGCCACAGGUGACUUUGAUCACUAUGAGGUCACCAUUAAAAACAAAAACAACUUCAUCCAAACCAAAAGCAUUCCUAAGUCAGAAAAUGAGUGUGUAUUUGUUCAGCUAAUUCCUGGACGGCUGUACAGCAUCACUGUUAGUACAAGAAGUGGACAAUAUGAAGCCAGCGAACAAGGGAAUGGGAGAACAAUCCCAGAGCCUGUGAAGGAUCUAACGCUGAGGAACAGGAGCACUGAGGACCUGCAUGUGACCUGGUCACGAGCUGAUGGGGAUGUUGACCAGUAUGAGAUCCAGCUGCUCUUCAAUGACAUGAAAGUAUUUCCUUCUUUUCACCUUGUAAAUACUGCAACCGAGUUUCGGUUCACCUCCCUAACACCAGGGCGCCAGUACAAAAUCCUUGUCUUGACCAUCAGUGGAGACGUACAGCAGUCAGCCUUCAUUGAAGGCUUAACGGUGCCUAGUACUGUCAAAAAUGUUCACAUUUCUCCCAAUGGAGCCACAGAUAGCCUGAAGGUGACCUGGACCCCUGGCAGUGGGGAUGUUGACUCCUAUGUGGUGUCUGCAUUCAGGCAGAAUCAGAAGGUGGAAUCUCAGACCAUCCCCAAGCAUGUUUCUGAGCACACAUUCCACAGACUGGAGGCUGGGGAGCAGUACCGGGUCACAAUUGCCUCAGUGAGCGGGUCCCUCAGGAACCAGAGAGAUGCUUUUGGGCGGACAGUCCCAGCAUCUGUCCAGGGAAUAAGUGCAGAUAAUGCAUAUAGCAGUCAUUCCUUAAUAAUAAGUUGGCAAAAAGCUAUUGGUGUGGCAGAACGAUAUGAUAUCCUGCUUCUAAAUGAAAAUGAGAUCCUUCUGAGCAACACAUCAGAGCCAGCUACUGCUAAGCAGCACAAAUUUGAAGAUCUAACACCAGGCAAGAAAUACAAGAUACAAAUCCUAACUGUCAGCGGAAGUCUCUUUAGCAAGGAAGCCCAAGCUGAAGGCCGAACAGUCCCAGCAGCUGUCACCAAUCUGAGGAUCACAGAAAAUUCCACUAGACAUCUAUCCUUCAGCUGGACUGCUUCAGAGGGGGAACUCAACUGGUACAACAUUUUUCUGUACAACCCGGAUCGAACUCUUCAGGAAAGAGCACAAGUUGACCCACUGGUCCAGAGCUUCUCUUUCCAGAACUUGCUGCAAGGCCGAAUGUACAAAAUGGUGAUUGUAACUCACAGUGGGGAACUGUCUAAUGAGUCAUUCAUAUUUGGCAGAACAGUCCCAGCCCCAGUGAGUCAUCUCAAGGGAUUAAAUGAGAACAUGACAGAUAGCCUUUGGUUCACCUGGAGUCCAGCCCCCGGAGACCUCGACUUUUAUGAACUGAUUCUCUACAAUCCUAAUGGCACUAAGAAGGAAAACUGGAAACACAGGGACCUGAAAGAGUGGCGUUUUCAUGGCCUUGUCCCUGGAAGGAAGUACACACUGUGUGUGGUAACUCAUAGUGGAGAUUUCAGCAACAGGAUCACAGGGGAGGGCAGAACAGCCCCAAGUCCUCCCAGUCUUUUGUCAUUUGCUGAUGUUGCGAAUACAUCCUUGGCCAUUACCUGGAAGGGACCCCCAGAUUGGACAGACUACAAUGACUUUGAGUUGCAGUGGCUCCCCAGGGAUCCACUCACAAUCUUCAACCCCUACAGCAACAAAAAAUCGGAAGGACGUAUUGUUUAUGGUCUUCGUCCAGGGAGAUCCUAUCAGUUCAGUGUCAAGACCGUCAGUGGUGAUGCCUGGAAAACCUACAGCAAACCAGUUUCUGGAUCUGUGAGGACAAAGCCAGACAAGAUACAAAAUCUUCACUGCCGCCCUCAGAACUCAACGGCCAUUGCUUGCUCUUGGAUCCCCCCUGAUUCGGACUUUGAUGGGUAUAGCAUUGAAUGCCGCAAAAUGGAUACCCAAGAAAUUGAGUUUUCCAGAAAGCUGGAGAAAGAAAAAUCUCUGCUCAACAUCAUGAUGCUGGUACCCCAUAAGAGGUACCUGGUGUCCAUCAAGGUGCAGUCAGCCGGUGUGACCAGCGAGGUGGUUGAAGACAGCACCAUCACAAUGAUAGAUCGACCACCUCCUCCACCCCCACAUAUUCGUGUGAAUGAAAAGGAUGUGCUAAUUAGCAAAUCUUCCAUCAACUUUACUGUCAACUGCAGCUGGUUCAGCGACACCAACGGAGCUGUGAAAUACUUUACAGUGGUGGUGAGAGAGGCUGAUGGCAGUGAUGAGCUGAAGCCAGAACAACAGCACCCUCUUCCUUCCUACCUGGAAUAUAGGCACAAUACCUCCAUUCGAGUGUAUCAGACCAAUUAUUUUGCCAGCAAAUGUGCCGAAAGUCCUGACAGGAAUUCCAGGAGUUUUAACAUUAAGCUUGGAGCAGAGAUGGACAGCCUAGGUGGAAAAUGUGAUCCCAAUCAGCAAAAAUUCUGUGACGGACCGCUGAAGCCACAUACUGCCUACAGAAUCAGCAUUCGGGCAUUUACUCAGUUAUUUGAUGAGGACCUGAAAGAGUUCACAAAGCCCCUCUAUUCAGACACAUUUUUCUCUUUGCCUAUCACCACGGAGUCAGAGCCCUUGUUCGGUGUUAUCGAAGGUGUUAGUGCUGGCCUCUUUCUAAUUGGCAUGCUGGUAGCACUUGUUGCCUUUUUCAUCUGCAGGCAGAAAGUGAGCCACAGUAGAGAAAGGCCCUCUGCACGCCUGAGCAUUCGCAGGGAUCGACCACUGUCUGUCCACUUGAAUCUGGGCCAAAAAGGUAGCCGGAAAAACUCUUGCCCCAUAAAAGUAAAUCAGUUUGAAGGGCAUUUCAUGAAGCUUCAGGCUGACUCCAAUUACCUGCUAUCCAAGGAAUAUGAGGACUUAAAAGACGUGGGUCGAAACCAGCCUUGUGAUAUUGCACUCCUGCCCGAGAAUAGAGGAAAAAAUCGAUACAACAAUAUAUUGCCAUAUGAUGCCUCACGAGUGAAGCUGUCCAAUGUGGAUGACGACCCUUGCUCUGACUACAUCAAUGCAAGCUACAUCCCAGGCAACAACUUCAGAAGAGAAUAUAUCGCCACUCAGGGACCGCUUCCUGGCACCAAGGAUGACUUCUGGAAAAUGGCAUGGGAACAGAAUGUCCUCAAUAUUGUCAUGGUGACCCAGUGUGUUGAGAAGGGUCGAGUGAAGUGUGACCAUUACUGGCCAGCGGAUCAAGACUCCCUGUACUAUGGGGACCUCAUUCUGCAGAUGCUCUCAGAGUCUGUGCUGCCUGAGUGGACCAUCAGGGAGUUUAAGAUAUGCAGUGAAGAACAGCUCGAUGUACAGAGACUCAUCCGUCACUUUCACUAUACAGUGUGGCCAGACCAUGGAGUCCCUGAGACCACGCAGUCCCUAAUCCAGUUCGUGAGAACUGUCAGGGACUACAUCAAUAGGACCCCUGGUGCCGGGCCCACCGUGGUGCACUGCAGUGCUGGUGUGGGUAGGACUGGAACCUUUAUUGCAUUGGACCGAAUUCUCCAGCAAUUAGAUUCCAAAGACUCUGUGGACAUUUAUGGAGCAGUGCAUGACCUAAGACUUCAUAGGGUUCACAUGGUCCAGACUGAGUGUCAGUACAUAUACCUACAUCAGUGUGUAAGAGAUGUACUCAGAGCUAGGAAGCUACGGAGUGAACAAGAAAACCCCCUGUUUCCAAUCUAUGAAAAUGUGAAUCCAGAGUAUCACAGAGAUGCAGUCUAUUCAAGACAUUAAGAUUGUCCCUGAAGUUCUCCUGGAUAAAAAUUUUUCACUGUGUGAUUUAAAAAAAACAAAAACAAAAACAAAAAACUUCCUUCAUGCCCUACCAAGGUGCCAGCUAUUUCUGUUAAUACUGUGUAUAAUUUAUUAAUCUGGAGAAUGUUAAAGAAUUUAUGUAAUUUAAAGAUAACACAUAUUGUUGUAUAUAGUUAUAUUUUGUAGUUUCUCCUGUAAAUAUGUAUUUUUCAUAAUGUUUAAUAUUAAGCUUUAUAUAAUACUAUUUUUCCACACUAAAGUGUUUAUGGCUUGUUCUAUAUAAACUGGUCCAACCUGUAUGACAGGACUAUGAGUGAAAUGUUUAUGGAGGUGGUUGUAGAAACAAUCCGUUGGGCUAUCUUUUUCAUCUAUCUAAAUACUCACAGGUCAGGAUACAGGGCCAGACUAGAGAGAAUAUAUAGUAUGUCUAGCUCUGUUUCAUUGCUGUCCCGUGAAUCUUGAUAUCCAAAAAUGACCCAGAUGCUAUUAGGACAAAUAUAAACUGCAACAACCAAUGAAAAAAUUAGGGCAGGGGGUAUAGCUAAGUUGGAGAAUGUAUGCUUAGUAUGCACAGGCUCUGAGUUCCAUUUCCAGCACAAAAAGAAAGAAGAAAGAAAGAAAGAAUGAAAGAAAGAAAGAAAAGCUAGGCUAGACAGCACGAAAGCUGAGCCAGGUCACUGUGCCUAAACUAGUAGUCCUCUCCCCUUUCUCCAACAGAGAAUUCAAUCCAAAAUAGUCAGCUCAGGGGUCAUAUAACUUGCAUUGCAGGCCCAGGCUUCAGGGUUGAGGAUGCUGAUAGAUGGUGAUCCAAACAAGUACAAGAAUUCUUGUAUUAAGAAGAAUAUUAUCCACAUUGAUUAGAGAUGAUUUUGCUGUAUCCACAGUGUGGAAUAUGAACAUGCAAAUCCAUGCUAAAGUUGGUUGCUGGACCUAUUCUAGUCUUUGUCUCAUUUUGGUGGUCUGCAUUUCUGGAAAAGUCACGAUUGGUUUUUCCAUUAAAGAAAUAUGGUGGCAGAUUAUACUCCUAAUCAAAGGACUAAACACCAACAAUGUUAUAGAGACAUCUGUAAAUAUCAUGUGUAGCUAACUAAAAAGCAAAAGUCAUAAAAUCAAAAAGCUAGUAGUUCUUAGGAUAAAAUUUUACAGGAGACAUUUUUUAGUAAGUUAAUGAAGUCAAAUGCCAAGCAAUCAUCUAAAAUGGCAUUUAAUGUAAAGAGCACUAAAUAUUCUACCAAGUUUAUCUUCAAUAUGUAUGCCUUAUUUUGACUCUUACAAAAUUUCUGAGUCAGAAAGUGGGUUACCCUCAUCAAGAUGCAGUUAUGAGAGCCUUCCUAGCAAAAAUUUGAAAAGCAUCUGGAAUCCUCAUAGCUACAUGAGAAAAUUAGCUGAAGAUGCUUGGCUUUAACUAGCAGUCACAUUUGUUGAUCCCACAACUUCAUUUUCGAAAAUAAUAUAUUUUUUUUCAAAGUAUAUAUUUUUGCUACCUAUCAUAAAGUUCCAUACGUAACAAAAUGCGCUUAAGUGACACAAUAAUUUGAAAAUAAUAUAAAUAACAAUUUAUAAUUAUUUCACAUUCAAGCUAAAAGACUUCUUGGUGUUAUUUAAAGCUGAUAAGAAUAGAGGGACACUACAUGAGUAUACUUUUUUUCUUUUUUUUUUUUUUUUUGGCACCAGGGAUCAAACUCGGGUCCUUGCGCUUACAAGGCAGGCCACCGAACCACUGAGCUAAAUCCCCGGCCCAAGGAUACUUUUGAAGAGUAGUUAAAGGAUGCAAAGUUUUUACAGCUUUGUUAUCCCUCUUCCUUUGUAAAAUGACUCUGUAGGAUCUGACCCUGAAUCUGAGAACUGUGUAUUAUAGAAGUGAAACUGAACAACAUACCUUUCAGUGUUGCAGACAUAACACCAGGAAAAAAUAGAGGUCAGAAAUUUAUGAGCUGUGGUAUCUAUGAGGGAUCAUUUUUCCUACACUUAAAAAGAAAAUCAAGAGAAAAACAAAACAACUUUUAACUAACACUGCUCAUGGAUACCUGGAAAGAUAAACUCAUUUUCGACUUCUUUCUCACUCAGAAAACUUUAGUAAGUGCCUACAACCUGCUAGGCACUGUUCCAGAUUUUCCAUGUUUCUAUCCACAGAAAGUGGAUGUGUGGUAAUAAUGAAAUUGGGUUUUCAUUACUGUUUUCAGGUGAAUUUAAGUGAGCCUAGGUGAGGGCUUGAGAUACACAAGCCAGUCUAGGAGAGCAGUCACCUUCUACAGACCAUUCACUGACAAAUGCUGAGCCUGCUCCAAUUGCAAACCACUAGAUCCAGAAGAGAGAGCAAUAAAUUAUAUAAACCAGAAAUAAUAACUAUUAAAACAUACAUGAUUGUAACAGUAAAUAGCACACAUAUGCUCUGACAACAUCUAAGGUGGAAUCAGAAUUGCAGAAAUGAAUGUGAUGGAGGAAAGUUUACAUUCUUUUAGUCUAACCCAAGAAAUAUUGAUUCCUACUCCGCGGCUAAUUUUAAAUCUCCCUAGCAACGAAGUAACGCUAUCCUUCUUGUUCCCAGGAAGACUAAAUACAUAAUCUAGUUAAUCUAUUUAUUAAAUUUAGAAAAAAAUUUAAAAAAGGUCUCCUUGACAUUCCCUUCAAUUGGAUAUAUUUCCAUUUAAUUGAAUCAUGUGGCUGUGUCUCGGUAAAUGCUCCAUUUCCUGUCUUGGUGGGCAUCCUGUCUGUGCACCUGUGCGGUGCACUUUAAUCAUCAAGGGUUCAAAGUGCUUUUGAGCUAUCACAUCUUAGGAGAGUUCUGUCUUGCAUCUUAAUAAGUAUUUAUCUAAGUCCCUUAUUAUUAACUCCUUUAAUCUCUUCUUAUUAAAGAGAUUUGUGUUAUCAUUCUGUUGUUCUUUGGAAAGCAGCCAAUUUUUUGUCUCUUGAAUCAGGUUUUUCAAAGACUCGCCUCCCUGUCUGGGCUUACACAUAUUUGUCCUAAGUAAUUUCCCGUCCCUUAGCACCUCUGAUGCCCACUGUUUCACUAUAUACCCCUCUCCCUGCUGAGUAUGUUUGCCUUGCCAGUUGAAUGUGAUUAUAUCUCUUAUUUGUUUUAUCUCUUUAUAUCGUUUGGUACAAUUUCAUAGACUCCACAUUACAGAACAGAUGAGCAUAAUUUCAUUUUUAAAUACUAAAAUAGCCAACACAUACAAUCUGAGAUCAGUCUUAUUUGGGAUAUUCUUUAAUUAAUGUUGUUAUUAACUCUUGGAAGAAAGCCAAAAAUUACAUGAAAACAUAAUGUGAAGCAGUUAGCAGAUGUCCAGCAAUACGAAAACAAGGCUCACGUGUCAUACUUCACACUCAAAUUCUCUUGCCUUGGUGUGAUCCAGUUUCCUCAUAUUUUGCUGUAAAAUUAUAUUCUAUGUAAUUCUCAUUUACUUAGCUUUCUGAUAAUUCUUUGAGGUUGGAAUCUUGAAGUCUUUUUUUUUUUUUUUUGGUGCCAGGGACUGAACUCAGGACCUUGAGCUUGUGUGGUGCCACUGAGCUUCCAGCCCUGGAAUCUUGAAACCUUAAAGCUACCAGAUCUGUCUGAUAGAAUCUGAGCCCCAUCUCUGGGGUUUUAGUCCACACACAUGGACCAGACUCAACCUAACCUAGAAACAAUUAAUAGGUAGGAAGCUGCUUGUUUGUGGUAGCAAUACAAGGGCAUUUCAAGUUCCAUUUCAUUGAAGAAAUGAAAGCACGUGAUCAGCCAAGACAUUGGCAAGAAAGAAUGGGCAAUUCUCCUCCAUGUGGCAGGGAAUAAGCUCUCAGCCCUACAUCAUUCCUGUAGAAGCAAAGUAAAAUAUGCCAUAUUUGUCUGGCUGCCCUAUUAAUUUUUGGGGGAUCUUUAGCCCAAGAUUUAGAAUCAAUUUUGUAUUCAAAGAAUGUUUCCUAUAAAGGAAACUAAACUGUGACUGCAGAAAGCAAGUAAAAUGAUACAAAGAAGGGAA